GAGAGUCGCGAGUGCGUCUAAGUUAGUUUACCCAGUCUACUGUGCAACAGUGCACCGAUGCAGCAAUGCAGCCAUGUGAACUCGAUCUCUCCUUGGCCGCCGAAAUGCUGCAGCUUGCUGGAUCUGCCUACAUUCCGUAUGGAACUUGUCAAGUCCUCGACCAUCACCUUACUCCUCUACGCCACCUAUUUGCCCACCUUUCUCAUUUUUCGCCACGUUUCUCAUUCCCACCAACCACGGAACCGCCUUUUCUGCAGGCCCCCUACGCCAGCGGAACUUCAGAGGAGAGUACAAUCAAAAAAUUGCGCGCCAAGUGUUUCCCUGGCUUGCUCAGCCGCACCAAAGCUGAGUACUGUCGUGUUUGCUGUGUUGGUCCACUCCCCGCUUCCAGUUCUCAAGCGUCGAGCUCUGUCAUUUCCCUGGAGCGUCGUGUUUUUCGACCAUUACAUCCAUCUUACAAUUUUUGUCGAAACCGAGUCAAUCUUGAGAGUUUCAAGGCAAUAUUGCUAUCACAAGUGUUAACACUACUGGCUACGGCGCUGCUGAGCGCAGCACAGUCUGCUACCACCGGUUCGGCCGUGCCUACACAUACUGUUGCCGUUGGAGUGGACCCUCACAAGUUCACUCCCAAAGAAGUCAAUGCUAGUAUUGGCGAUAUAAUUGAGUUCCGAUUCUAUCCCACAAACCACUCUGUCGCACGUGCGGAAUACCUCUUGCCAUGUAUCCCUUAUGAAGUCACCGGUAUAAAUAAAGUUGGUAUUUGGAGUGGCUUCAAACCCAUCUUUGUCGUUGGCAUCGAUCAACCCCAGUACCAAGUUCGCAUUAACGACACUCAACCAUUGUUCUACUAUUGUGGGGCUCCAGGAGCCUGCUUAGUCGAUGGGAUGGUGGGAGUAAUCAACCCAAAUGCAACCCAAACCUGGGAAGUUCAACACGCAUUCGCAUUAAACGCAACUCAAAUGUUUGUUCCAGGCGAAUACUUCUCCCCAGAGGGCACGCCAACUGGUUCUCCUACGACAUCGGCCACAACCCCAUCUUCAACUACAUCCUCUCUCACUGGCAUCCCCACACAAACAACGGUGGUGGUAUCUCCUGGAACGCCGAGUGGCCUUUCUACUGGUGGGAUAGCCGGAAUUGCUAUUGGGGCUGCCACUAUUGCUGUGCUGGCGGGUGCAUUAUUCUAUCUGUAUGGGCGACAGAGAACAAUGAAAGAGGUUUUACAGAACUCACAGAAUGGGCCGGGGUUCACCGGCAGAGGGAGUUAUCUUUCCGGACUUGGGAAUCCAAUGUCUCAAUACCCUUUCAUUGACCACAAAUUACCAACUACUAAUACUCAGGAAAAUUCAUCUGAUGGCCGUGAUCGAUAUUCUGGCGUAGGCCAAAUUGAUGGCCAUCACAAUCGUAGUAACCCGCCAGACUCUGAAAGUUACCGCUCUCGCUCUCCGCCCAUUGAUGACCGUGAUCGCGACAUGCAGAUCCCGCCCCUGAAUAUGAUUUCCACGGGUGGUGCCCAGAGCCCUAAUUCCCCACAGGACUACGAAAGACGGCACGAUUCCAUUAACGGCGCUUAUUUAUCACCCACCCCAAGGGGGCACUUGCCAGAAGGGGAGGAAGAGCAGGCUUUUCGUCAGCGUGACUCCGAGUUGCGUACGGAUGAUGUUCCUGCCAUGCAGAGAGUCCCAAUUGCGGGCUCCCAAGGGGCAAAUAUGACUAGAGUUGGCGUACAUGAAAUGCCCGCCCCAUCCCUGAAUUCGAGUGGGGUAAGUUCAUAUAAGCCACCUGGCCAGAUAGACACCCGGCCGGGAGGUUAUUAAGAUUAGAUAAGGAACAAAUGUGGAGUUUGUAGUACUAGUAAUACUGGAAUCUGAUAGUAUGAAAGGAUUAUAUCCAUUCAUUAUGGUGACAAGCCCUGCAAGACAAAAGAACAAGACUUCGCUGAAGAAUUUCAGAGCCUUUUGGUCCUGGUAUUCAAUAUCAAAUGUCUUUGUCAAACAUAAAUAAGAAUAACUUGCGUUGUU